AUGACAGACAACAGCCAAACAGGCACGUCUCGGACCAGUGUCAAAGAUGUGAGGCUAAAUGAGGGGAACGACACCAUACCCGACCACCUUGCCGACUAUAAUCUCAACCGGCCCAUCCAACCUGUCACGGGGAUGAGACAAGGGCUGCCAAACUACGGAGAUCCUCACUUCGCUCUCUUUCUCAGGAAGGUUUUCAUAAAGGCACUCGGAUAUAGUGAAGAUGCACUGUCACGGCCCAUCGUGGGCAUCAUCAACACUUACUCCGCCUUCAACCCCUGCCAUGCCAACGUGCCCCAGCUCAUUGAGGCGGCAAAGAGAGGUGUUCAGUUGAGCGGAGGGCUUGCUCUGGAGUUCCCUACCAUCUCCAUUCAUGAGAGCUUCUCGACACCGACGAGUAUGUUUUUGAGGAAUCUGAUGAGCAUGGACACCGAAGAGAUGAUCAAGGCGCAGCCUGUAGAUGCGUGCAUUGUCAUAGGAGGAUGCGACAAGACAGUUCCAGCCCAGAUCAUGGGAGGUAUAUCAUCCGGGAAACCAGUCCUGCCCCUAAUAACAGGCCCAAUGUUAGCUGGCAGCUUCAGAGGCCAGCGUAUCGGUGCUUGUACAGACUGUAGGAACAACUGGGCAGCCUACCGCGGGAGCGAGAUCAACAUCGAAGAGAUCUCGGAGCUUAACGAGGAACUCGCACCGAGUGCAGGAACUUGCGGCGUGAUGGGGACCGCGUCUACGAUGGCAUGCGUCACGGCCGCCCUAGGGCUGAUCGACCCGAAAGGAGGCGCAACCGCGCCGGCAGUCUCGAGCGCCCGUCUGCGCAUAGCAGAGCAGACAGGGAAGAACGCAGUGGCGGCGGCAGCGUCCAACAGCGAGGGCGCCGCGAAGCCGCUGACCCUGACCAACAUCCUGAGCGAGGCGUCCUUCCACAACGCCAUCACGGUCUUGCAAGCCAUUGGCGGAUCGACCAAUGGGAUAGUCCACCUCCUGGCCAUCGCCAAACGACACCCCCACGUGGCGGGCAAGAUCAACCUCCAGACAAUCGACGACAUAGGCCGCAAGACGCCGUUGCUAGUCGACCUGAAGCCGAGCGGCGACAACUACAUGACCGACCUCCACAAUGCAGGAGGCGUGUUGGCCUUAUUACACACCUUGCGCCCACUUCUCAGGCUCGAGGCGUUGACAAUCACAGGGCAAACACUAGGCGAGCUACUGGACUCGACUCCAUUCAAGUCAUUCCCCUUCUCACAGCAAAUCGUGCGUCCGUUGGACAACCCCCUAUAUCCAGCAUCAUCACUCUGUGUUCUACAUGGGAACCUCGCCCCAAACGGCGCAGUGAUAAAAGCAAGCGCCAGCAAGUACCGGCAUUUGCUGUCCCACCGCGGACGGGCCGUGGUCUUCGCCGGCCCCGCGGACCUGGCCGCGAGGAUCGACGACCCGGACCUGGACGUCGACGAGGACAGCGUGCUGGUGCUGCAGGGGAUCGGGCCCAUCGGGUUCCUGAACCCGGGGAUGCCGGAGGCCGGCCUGGUCCCCAUCCCGCGCAAGCUUGGCGAGAAGGGUGUCAAGGACAUGUUGCGUCUCAGCGAUGGCCGCAUGUCCGGGACUGCGGGCGGGAGUAUUGUGCUGCACAUCUCGCCGGAGGCUGCGUUGCCGGAGAGCGUACUAGGCAUUGUGAGGAGCGGAGAUGUUAUCGUUUGUGAUGUUGAGAACAGGAGGUUAGAGGUGGAGCUGAGUGACGAAGAGAUACAAGCUAGAGUAGCGGAAAGGAAGGAGAGACUGGAUGGGAGCAAAGAGAGUCGAGGGCCGGCUGAUGUAAGGAGGAAGCCGACCAGAGGCUAUAGAGGGCUGUAUGAGCGUCACGUGAACCAGGCUGAGGAAGGCGUGGACUUCGAUUUUCUCACGGUCGAUGGAGCGGAGUGUAGUUUCUAA